AUGCCCUCGGGAACUCUCGAUGUUUGUGAAAAGUACUAUGGUACGAGAAACAUAUACGAGCUUUUUGGGGUCGAGAAAAGCGCAUCAGAACAGGAGAUUAAGAAAGCCUACUAUCGUUUAUCACUGCAAACUCACCCUGAUCGUGUGCCUGACAGUGAUAAAAAAGAAGCAACCGAAAAGUUUAAAAUACUGAGUAAGCUUUACAGUGUUCUCAGUAAUAAAGAUUCGCGGGCCAUAUACGACGAACGCGGGAUUGUCGAUGACCUUGACGAUACGACCACCAACUGGAUGGCCAGAUGGCAGCAGUUUUUCAAGCCCAUCACUACGGAGGAUAUUGACAAUUAUAAGAAGCAGUUUAUAGGAUCGGAAACGGAACGCAAUGACAUCAAAAGGGCGUACGUUAGUGGUAAGGGCUGCAAAAACUACAUGAUGCAGACAGUUCCGUUCAUGACGUGCGAGGAUGAGCCGCGAAUUGCUGAUAUUGUGCAGGAAAUGAUUGAUAGUAAGGAGGUUCCGGAAUACGCGAUCUUCACCAAGGAACCGAAGGCAAAGCGAGAUCGUCGUCACAAGAAGUACGCACGUGAAGCAAAGCUGGCAAGCGAGAUGAAGCAACAUCAAGAAGAUCUGUCUGCUCUCCAGCAGCAGAUCGCAGUCAAGCGACGAAGUGCAUUCAGCUCGCUCAUAGAUUCGUUGGAGAGCAAGUACUGCAACAACGAUGAUGAAAAUGAAGAACUUUUUGAGCUUGGCACACCACCGAAAACCAGAAAAACAACACGCAAACAAGAAGCGCGUUCCGGCCGAGCUUCUAAAGCGAAGACAGAAAAACGUAAAUCAUCCAAGUAA